UAUAUAUUAGGCUAUCCUACACUCUUCCCUUGCUUUAUCUUUUACUUCGCUCGCGCCUCUCUAUUGCUUGCUCCCUCCCUCUUUCCCUUCAUUUUUUUCUCCUGAGUUCAUUGCGGAGAAGUAGUUCGUUUCCUUUUCGUUUAUUUCUCUUACUUGGAUUGCAAUUCUCUGCAAUACGUUUUCUCUCUCUCUAAAGCCGGGACGCGAGGAAGAGAGAGGAACGAGGUUUUGCCAUGGCUGUGCAGGCUCAGUACCCCUCGAAUGCCUUCACUAUAGAUUUUCGUAACAGGACAAGGAAUACUCCAAUGGAUGAGCUCCAGUUCCAAAACCAGGAGUAUCAGACCACAAACUUGUAUAGAAACUUCAAUUACAUGGGCCAGGUCAUCAAUGGAACGGUUUUCAGCGACCCGGAGAGUGAACUGACUUGCAAUAUCUCAGGAUCGAGGAAGCGAACCAGAGAAGAACCAGUGGCCUUGACUCCCUUGCAGCAGCAGCAAAUCCUGAAUCAGCUUCGAUACGGAAAUUUCAUGAAGUUGCAGGAAAAAUCGGGCCAGAUAUCGACUGGUUUAAACGUCUCUCAUGAAGAAACUCGCCUUAAUCAAUCAAUUGGUACUUCAACCAGUGGUCGCCCUCCUACCGGUACAGGGCAUCCCUCUUCUCCUUUCACUCAGGAGGUCAUGGCGUCUCUUUAUCAGCAAAAUGAGGAAAUCGACGCAUUAAUCCGGCUCCAGAGCGAGAAAAUUCGAUUGGGAUUGGAAGAGAAGAGGCAGAGACAUUUCAGAGCUCUCCUCUCUGUUCUGGAGCAACAGAUCUGGAAAAGGCUCAAGGAAAAGGAAACAGAGCUCGAAAACGUGAGCAGGAGGAACGCCGAGCUCGAAGAAAAGGUUAGGCAAAUGAGCUUAGAGAACCAGAUAUGGCAGCACGCUGCGCGGAACAAUGAAUCCAUGGUCUCCAACUUAAAGUCCAGUCUCGAGCAAGUCCUCUCUCAGAACAUGAACAUGGCAGGCCAAACCAAAGAAGGCUAUGGAGACAGUGAGGCCAACACGGCCAUUGCUGCCGGAGCCGAUGAUGCGCAGUCGAGCUGCUACAAUGGAGGCAUGGAUUCGGAGGCUAGGGCCUUCAAGGAAAAUCAGGAAUUAAAGCAUCGAAGAACUUGCAAAAUUUGCCGGAAAAGCGAGAUCUCGAUCCUCUUAUUGCCAUGCAGGCACCUCUGCCUCUGCAAAGAUUGUGAGUCCAAGUUUGAUGUCUGCCCUCUCUGUAAUUCUAGGAAGAACGCGAGCCUACAAAUUCACUUGUGAAGACGGUUUUUGUGUCACUGGAAAAUUUUGCAAAUUCGAAUGUGAAGACGGUUUUCAAAUCGCCGGAAAAUUUUGAAAAGGAGCAUCGACGGCGAGGAUCUAGCCGGGGAACGGCUUCUUGGUAGUCUGUCUCCGGGAAAUGAUGGGGUUUUCGGGGUUGGCGGAUUUUGGCAGUGGUUGAAAGGGACGGUGAUUUGGGUGGGCGUAAUGAUAGGUAACCGUCUUUUUCUUUUUCUUUUUUUUUGGUAUUUCUUUUUAGGCUUUUUUUUGGAUGAGUUUAUUUGUUUAAGGGGGAAAAGAUCAUCUCGAAAAGACUUGUUUCAUCGCUCAGUAAAAAAACAAGACGGGUGUAAAGAUUCAAUGGUCCCUUUCUUUUUGGGUGUAAAGAUUCAAUGGUCUCUUUCUCUGUAUAUAUUUUAGUUUCAUCUGUUUUACUCUUGGUUUCAAUGCUUUUUCUCUAGGAUUAGUUCUCUCUCUCUAUUUUCUUCUGCACUCUUAUUAUCAACGAUUUCUUCCCCUCGCUUCAAUCUCAAUUCUCAUUCUCUCUCUUCAGUAUCCGUUAUUUGCUUUUCUCUCUGUACGUCUCACUUCGACCUACUGUCAUCCGCAAGUAGACAUUACCUUUUCAGUUUUUUACAGUUCAUCUCUCGAUCUCUUUUCCCCUUGUGUCUUUUGUUGCUCUUCUGCCCUUUCCCCCUUUCUCUCUCUAAGAAAUUUCAAGUUACCUACUCUCUCUCUCUCUGCAUCUGUGUAAUUUAUGUUGUCCAAGUAGUGUGCAAAGCUUUAAAUGUACGAGAGGUACGUAUGAAUCGAGACAUGCGGUUUUGGUGGCUUUGUUUCA